AUGGGGUUUUGGAACCAACUCUACCUAUUACUAUGGAAAAAUUUCACUCUUCACAAGAGACAAAAGGUCCGCCUCGUUUUAGAAGUGGUAUGGCCUUUAUCUCUUUUUCUAAUUUUGAUGUGGGUUAGGAGUAAAGGAUUAAAAUUUGCUGCUCACCAAUGUUAUUUCGAUGAAAAAGCCAUGCCUUCUGCUGGUAUUUUGCCAUUUCUUCAAAAUUCUAUUUGUACAUUUAAUAACACUUGUUAUCCAACUUUAAACACAGAAGAUGCUAGAGAUAGAUUAAUAGGAAUUAAUUCAUCUAUAUUGUUAAAUUUUCUUCAAGAAAUUGAAGAUAUCACAAGUAAGCAUUUAACUGGGGAAACCAGGUUGAUGUUGGACCAAGGAUUAAAAGAUUUUGAAUCUAUUAAUCUGGCUGUAAAGAAAUUAACAGACCCUAAAGUUCCUAUUCAAGGUGUUAUAAACUUAGGUAAUUUAAUCACUGAAAAGCAUGCAUUCAGGAAAGCUCUCCGGUCACAAAAUGUGAAGAUCUCAAGAAAAGCAUUUGAUAUCUUAUUUUCUUCUAGUAUAAGGUUUCAAGGAAUUCAAAAGAUUUUUGAUCGGGGCCGGAAAAGUGUUGUUGAAUACCUCUGUUCAGCAAAUGGUUUAGAACACCUUUUAAAUGUCACUCUAUCAGAACAAGAUAUUUUAUUCAAAGAAUUAUGUGGAUUAUCUCCAUCUGCAGCCAGAAAGUUUUCUAUUCAACUUGCAAAGCAUUUAAAUUAUGAUGAGUUGCUCAAACAGCUAUCCAUUGUUAGUGCCAAAAACACUGGCUCUCCUCUACAUAUAAAAGAAUGGCAGCAUAUCACGAGUGCUUCUGUAAAUUUGUUUGAUGAACUUAAAGACAUGAACAAUCUUUAUUACAUAAUAAUGAACUUCAACUCAACGUGGCAAAGAAUUAUGGACGUGUUUGAUUCUGAUAAUGAAAACAAAACCUCUCAGUUAAUUCAGCUAUUUACAUGUGGGCGCAACAUGUCUUCUUUAUUUGAUCAUGACCGCCAAGGACCAGCUCGUCAUUUUGAAGAACUGAGGCAACAGAUGAAGAAUGAACGUGAAGUGUUUGUCAAAAAUGAUGACUUUAAAUAUGUGUAUGACAAUACUACCACUGCCAAAUGUAACAACUUAUUUCGCACUUUGGAACAAAAUCAAUUGACUCGCAUGCUGUGGAACCAAAUGAAGCCAUUUGUCAGAGGAAAAAUAAUAUACUCUCCUAACAGCACUGCUGCAAAUAAGAUCAUGCAAAGUGUUAAUAAGACAUUUUCUCCCCUUGUGGAUGCUGUAGAGCUUAGUAACAAAUGGCUAGACGAGUGGUCUGUUCAAGUAGCUGACAUUUUAUCAAACAGUUCCAAUCAUUCCAAAUAUUUUGAGGAAAUUUUAAAACCAGAGAACUUCCCUUUUCAAGACAUUCUUGCUGAAUUCCUUUCAAAUGUUACAAUGGCUAAUGAUGGAAAUGAAACACUACUCACAUUUUUGGAAAAUGUGAACAAUUUUAUGCAGGUGGUGUUGACAAAUUCAAGCUCUUGGUUAGACAAAGUUAAUCAAGUUGUAGAAGAAGUUAGGGAUUAUUUAAUGUGCUUUGAAAUGAAUCGUUUUGUUGCCUAUGACACUGAAACAGAAAUAGAACGCAAUGGCAUGGAUUUGAUCCAAGAAAAUAAGUUAUGGGCUGGAGUGGUUUUCACAAACCUGGAGAAGCGUGAUAUUUUGCCUCAUUACAUACAGUACAAGAUUCGCAUGGCUGCUAGUAAAGUUGACAGUACGAAAAGAGUUGAAGAUAGAUACCAUACACCUGGUCCCCGAAGAAGACCUGGUAUUGAUAUGAAAUACAUCACCUAUGGAUUUGCAUAUCUGCAGGAUAUGAUUGAACAUGCCAUAAUAAAAGAGCAAACUGGUCGUACAAGUGAUACUGGAAUUUAUUUGCAACAAUUUCCAUACCCAUGCUACAUAUUUGAUCAGUUCAUUAUGGCAUUAUCAAGAACCUUUCCGCUUUUCAUGGUAUUGUCCUGGGUGUAUACAAGCUCUAUGAUAAUUAAAUCCAUUGUGUAUGAAAAAGAACGUCGGCUAAAGGAAGUCAUGAGAGUUAUGGGAUUGAACAGCGGUGUCUUAUGGUUAGCAUGGUUUAUUAAGUCACUUCUCAGCAUGAUGGCUAGCUGCUUUUUGUUGAUGUUAAUUCUUGUAUAUGGCAAUGUAAUGGAGAAUAGUGAUCCUGGUGUGAUUUUUGUGUUCCUUGUCUGCUACAGUGUUUCAACUAUCAUGUUGUCUUUUCUGUUCAGCACUUUGUUUUCUCGAGCCAAUCUUGCUGCUGCAGCUGGUGGGAUGCUCUUUUUUAUUAUUUAUGUACCAUAUCCAUUUCUAGUCUUGUGGGAAGAUCGAAUGUCAUUGUUAAAAAAAGCCAGUGCUAGUUUAUCUUCAAAUGUUGCCUUUGGCUUUGGAUGCUCAUACAUUAGUCACUAUGAAGAGGAGGGAGUUGGAGCUCAAUGGUCAAAUAUAGGCACUAGUCCUAUCCCCGGUGAUCAGUACAGUAUGCUAAGUGUAAUGAUUAUGCUCCUGUUUGAUGGCCUGAUUUAUGGAAUACUGACUUGGUACAUAGAAGCAGUAUGGCCAGGUCAAUAUGGUGUACCUAAACCAUGGUAUUUUCUGUUUACAAAAUCAUACUGGUGCAAUAAAGCAGAGAAAUCUUGUUUAUAUGAAGACAUUGAAGCAGCUUUUAACCACAAUAAAGUGAGAGAUUUUGAAAAUGAGCCAAAAGAUCUGAAGUUAGGAGUAUCUAUUCAUCAUUUAACAAAGAUCUAUGAAAAUAAGAAGCUGGCUGUGGAUGAUCUGAGCUUAAACUUCUAUGAAGGCCAAAUUACAUCAUUUUUGGGACACAAUGGAGCUGGAAAAACUACAACAAUAUCAAUAUUAACUGGAAUGUUUCCACCAACAACCGGAACUGCAAAAAUCUACGGGUAUGAUAUACGUACGGAUAUGGAUUUGAUCAGAAGAAGUUUAGGCACCUGCCCUCAACAUAAUGUUUUAUUUGAUGAUCUCACAGUUCAGGAGCAUUUGUGGUUUUAUGCACGCCUCAAAGGUUCUAAUGAAAGAGAAGUAUUACAGGAAUCUGAAGAAAUGAUAAAAGAUAUGAACUUGAAACCUAAAACACAUGAAUUAUCUAAAAACCUUUCUGGUGGAAUGCAGAGAAAAUUGUCCAUUGGUAUUGCCUUUGUUGGUGGUUCACAAACUGUCAUUUUGGAUGAACCCACAGCUGGAGUGGAUCCUUAUGCCAGAAGAUCUAUUUGGGAAUUGCUACUCAAAUACAAAGCAGGUAGGACAGUUAUUUUGACUACUCAUCACAUGGAUGAAGCUGAUCUUUUGGGAGACCGAAUUGCUGUCAUUGCAAAUGGCAAAGUUCGAUGCUGUGGAUCAUCAUUGUUUCUGAAAACACGGUUUGGAAAUGGAUAUUAUCUGACAUUAGUGAAAUCAUUUGACUAUAGUCUUAGUAAUCAAGACCAAAGAAAUAGAGGUUCUUCCAGCACAAUGAAAGAUAAUUCUACUAAAGGAUCAAGUGAAAUAACUGAUGAAGGUGUUGCUGAUAUGUCCACCGUUGAUUCAAAAUCUGAUUUAUCUGAAAACAAUGUUUUAUCUGAAAAUGGAGCAAACUCCACAUCUAGCUCUAAUUGGACCGGAGGAUUGUGUCUCAUUUCACAAGUGACCAAAUUCAUUUUGAAUUAUGUUCCUGAAGCAAAGCUUGUGGAAGAUGUCGGUUCUGAAGUAUCAUACUUAAUACCCCCAUCUUCUCAAAGAUCUGGUGAAUUGCAACGAUUGUUUAAGGCCUUAGACGUGAACUUAGAAGAAUUACAUAUCAGCAGUUACGGCAUAUCUGACACAUCUCUUGAAGAAGUAUUCUUAAAAGUUACUGGAGCCGCAGGAACUGUGGCGGAUACAGAUGAUGAAAAUGCCGCUGAUGGAGAUGUUGAUGACUACUAUGAGAAAGAGAAAAACAAAUGGUUCAGCUUAAGAAACACUUUGAUGCGAUUGAAGUUGCAUAGCAUUGCAAGGUUUUUUGGAAAAGAAAUUAGUGGUAAAACUGCACAUCCUAAUAGCUUAGAAGAGUCAGCUGUAAGGGAAAGCCUCACUGGCGGAAGUGGAUGUGAUAAUAUUCAACAUCUUGAUCUGCCUCCACUUCCUGAACUUUCCGAACGCAGGUUAACUGGGGCCAAACUCAUUCAGAGACAGAUGACUGCCUUUCAUCUUCGACGCUUCCACCACUCCAGAAGGAAUAUUAAGGGCUUGUUUUGUGAAAUUGUAAUGCCAGCUGGAUUUAUUUGCCUAGCACUUAUUCUUGCCAUGUUUAUUCCACCACUUGUAGAAGAACCUCCCUUAGAGCUUCAACCUUGGAUUUAUGGACCACCAAACAAUGUAUUUUUCAGCAAUGAGGAUGCUCGCAGCCCAAUAACUCAAAAAUAUGUUGAAUCACUACUCUCUCAUGAUGGGAUGGGAACAAGAUGUGUGAAGGAUCAUCCACUUGAAAAUCUUCCAUGUGAACCAAGAUACUUUAACAAAUCUGUUUUAACAUCUACCUAUGGAACAGACUAUUCUUAUUUAGAAACAUGUCCUUGUACGCUUGGCACUCAGCUGUGUCCUGAAAGUGCUGUUGGACAUACACCACCACAUGUUGCUAUAAGUUCUUCUGACGUAGUUUUCAACAUGACAGGGCGUAAUAUUUCAGACUGGUUGAUAAAGACUCGUAAAAAAUUUUAUAAGCAAAGGUAUGGUGGUUUUUCAUUUGGUCUUAAGAAUCCGUUAUCUAGUGUUAACUUUACACUAGUUCAUUAUAUGGUAAAGAAAUUUGCUGCUAAAAUUUUGCAAAAAGAACAAAUGAAUCAGCUUCAUGAUGUGCUGAUAAAUCUGGAGAGUAAACUUAGAGGACUUGAAGUGUUCGACAAUGUUAAGGUAUGGUUUAACAAUAAAGGCUGGGCAUCAUCUGUUUCAUACAUGAAUGCAGUCAACAAUAUCAUUCUUCGUUCUCAUUUACCUCCUGGUGCAAACACUAGUUACUAUGGAAUCUCAGUCAUUAAUCAUCCUAUGAAUUUUACACAGGACCAAUUGAAAGAUGAAGUUUUAGAACGCAAGGGAGUGAGCCUGAUGCAUGCUGUUUGUGUUAUAUUUGCCAUGUCUUUUGUCUCUGCAAGCUUCGUGAUGUUUUUAAUAGAAGAUAAAGUUACUGGAUCUAAGCAUUUGCAAUUUGUUAGUGGUGUGAAACCUGUUAUUUAUUGGAUAGGAACUUAUACCUGGGAUUUGUGCAACUACAUGAUACCAUUUUCUCUGUGCAUUUUAAUUUUUUAUGUAUUUAAAGAAGAUGCCUAUGUUUCCAAAGAUAAUAUUGUUGGUUUUGUGAUGCUACUUUUCUUAUAUGGGUGGGCGAGCAUUCCCCUGAUGUAUCCAACUACAUAUUUUUUCAGCAUUCCAAGUUCAGCUUUUGUUGCCUUAGCCUGUCUCAAUGUAUUUAUAGGAAUUGUUACUACAUUAUCAACUUACAUUUUAGAACUUUUUACAGAUCAGGAGUUACAAGAUAUUGCUGGGAUUUUGAAGCAAGUUUAUUUGGUAUUUCCUCACUAUUGUUUGGGUAGAGGUCUUAUGGAUCUUUUCACCAAUCAACUUGCCUACGAAACCCUUGCAAAAUUUGGUAUAACAAUGUUUCGUAAUCCAUUGUCCUGGGACUUCCUGGGUAAAAAUCUUGUAUACUUAGCAGUCCAGGGCUUCAUCUAUUUUUCUAUUACGCUGUUAAUAGAGUACAAAUUUUUCAUUAGAAAACGUAACUACCCAAUCUUACCAUCAAUAUCAGAAGUUGAAGAUGAUGAUGUUGCUGUCGAGAGAUCCAAAGUUCUUAGUGGGCAUUGUAAUAAUGCUGUUUUAAGAAUGGAAAGUUUAACAAAAGUGUAUAAACCAGGGCAGUAUCCAGCUGUAAAUCAAUUGUGCAUAGCUGUCCAACCUGGUGAAUGUUUUGGGUUGCUUGGAAUGAAUGGUGCAGGCAAAACAACAACCUUUAAAAUGCUUACUGGAAACACUCCCAUAACAUCUGGAAAUGCUUACAUUGCUGGCUAUAGCAUUAAAACUGAUAUUGAUCGGGCUCGUCAGAGUAUAGGAUAUUGUCCUCAGUUUGAUGCCUUAGAUUCUCAUCUUACGGGCUAUGAACAUUUGGAAUUUUAUGCACGCUUGAGAGGCAUUCCGGAGAAGCAUGUCCAUAAGGUGGCUAUAUGGGGCAUUCGAAAACUUGGACUGUUGGCUCAUGGUCAUCGCUGUGCUGGAACUUAUUCUGGUGGUAACAAAAGGAAAUUGUCAACAGCUAUAGCUUUAGUAGGAAAUCCAUCAGUUGUAUUUUUGGAUGAACCUACAACUGGUAUGGACCCAAAAGCUCGAAGAUUUCUGUGGAAUUGCAUUAUAGAUAUUGUCAAAGAGGGUCGUUCUGUCAUCCUUACUUCACACAGCAUGGAAGAAUGUGAAGCCUUGUGUACAAGGUUAGCCAUUAUGGUCAAUGGACAGUUUCGGUGUCUAGGAAGCAUACAGCAUCUGAAAAAUAAGUAUGGAAAUGGAUAUACAUUGACUCUUCGAGUCGCAAAUGCUCCAAAUGCCAUGCAAGAAGUACGAAAGUUUAUAGAAACUACGUUUAGCAAUGCAGCUUCUCUACAAGAGCAACAUUUAAACCAGAUGGAGUAUCAACUAGCUCCAUCGCUAUCCUUAGCAGUAGUGUUUCAAGAGCUGGAGAAGGCUCGUCAGAUGCUGAAUAUAGAAGAUUAUUCAGUAUCUCAGACAACACUAGAUCAGGUAUUCAUUAGUUUUGCAAAAAUGCAAGCUGAUUUAUCAGAAGGAGUUCCUACAGAAAGUAUAGAUCACCAAAUUGUUAGAAAUAAAAGAAGUAAAAGGAGUAAAGGGGGAGAAAAUGGUGCUGCUGUUACUGGAGAUGUAGAGUUGCUGGUUCGACAUACUUAUUUACCCGGUAACAAUCAAUCACCUGCACAUAUGGUUUGAGACAAGUGGAAUGUUUGUCACAUAAAUUAAAAACCUGCCAAAAAGCUCAUGUUCAUGAACUUGUAUCAACACUAAAUACAAACACAUUGCAGCUUUUGCUGUGACUAUAUGAAAAAAAAGUUUUUUAAAGUUAAAAAAUCAAUGUUUUCUUUGUAUGUUGUUCAAAAUCAUAAUUUCAUGGUUUUUAUUUAUUGUAGCUGUGAUAUAUGUUGAAUUUCGUGUGUGUUUUAAGCGUCUACUUGUAUAUUAUAUACAAAUUUGUCUAUGUGUAUCGGUUGUCCACAUGUUUUUUGCAAAUGCACCAGCAAUUUUUAACCAGAACAUGUCUUCUACUACCAAAGGAAAAACAUCAUAGUAUAAGCGCUCAGGGUUAUUUUAAAAAGUUUCAGUGUCACCAUAGAUUAAAAACUUAUUUUGUUUCACUAUUUGUUUCCACUUAAGUUUUUGUUUGAAUUAUUUGUGAUAUGUUACUCUUCCAUGUGAGAAAAAUGUAAGUAAAUCAAAAAUUUUUAAUGGCCUUUUUAUUUAUUUUGUAAUUUAUUUCAGGCCAAGAUUUGUUAUUUCUUUGAAAUUUUGUUAUCAUCUAACUUGAAAUCAAAAAUUCUGAUUAUACCGCUGUGAAAGCUAACCAAUAAAAUGUUUAUUCUUUUAAUUAAAAAAAAAAUCAUUGUGUCAUAAGGCAAGAAUUUUAAAAAUACAGCAACUUUUCAUAAACCUUUUGGAAUAUAAGAAAAGAAAGUUAUUUUGUAAAUUUGAAUAAAAAUUUAGCAACUAACUGUGCAGUUUCAUUCUCUUAAUUUAACUUAUAAGAAAUCAUGUGCUGUAAGUAUUGAUACAUUACUAAAGUGCUUAGAGAAAUCUUGUUCAUGCAAAACAUAGAUUAUCAUGAAUAUAACUAACAAAAAAAUGUACGCUCAAUUUUCAGUGAAAUUGAGUUUUUUUAUUAUUUUAAAUGAAAUAUAUAUAAAAAUAUUAAACUGAUUUAAAAAACAUUCUUAUUAAUAGUGAAUAAUUCUAAAAAACCCUCACUUAAUGUGACCUACCCAACUAUGUUCCUGGCUUAGGUACAAUGUAUGAUGAAGGAGCACGAUGGUCAUGGCAUAAACUGUGUUGAUUUAGUUAAUGAUUUAAAAGUAUUAGUAACUUUCAUCUUUUACUGAUACACACUCAAAAAAAAAAAAAGUUGAACUAAGUAAUUAAAGACAUACAUACAUUUUAAACUGCAAUUUGACAUUUAUAAACUAUGUAUAUGAUAAUUGAAUAUUUUAUGAAUCAUUUUUAUUUCUUUUAGCCACUUUUUCUCUAUAUAAUGUAUUUUACAUGUUAUACAUUAAUAUUUUACAAAACCAGCUGGUACUCGCAGUAUCAGAAUUCCUCUCUCAUUGCAAACUGGUUCUCAUGGCACAUAAUUAGUCUUGAGUCUUUUCGGGUGGAAAAAAAAUACGCUAAAAUGUUUUGGUGAAUUUAUUGAUAUAUUUGCAUUUAGCACAAUCUAUUUAUUAAUCACAUAUUUCACUGUUAAGAUAUGUGUUUAUUUUGUGUUUAGAAAUCUUGUUAAAUGCAUUCUUAUGUAAAUAUAUUUUGUAGAGAAAAAUAUUUUUAAUACGUCUUAACAUAUUUAAAAAUGUUUUGAGGGAAGAACUUUGAAUUCAAAGUCAAGUUUGAUUAUAAAUUCUAUGUACAUACUCUGUACUAUGUGAAGUACUAUAUUUUCAAAUUUGCAACAUAAUUAAAUAAAUCUUUUUAUAACUCUGAGUAAAAUUGAGUGCAACUUUUUGCAUACAUUUCAUUUUUUAACAUUUUAAAAUGGCAAUUUCUUUUCUGUUUCUAGUUUAAAAAUUUUUAAAUGCAUAAUAAAAACCUAUUUCUACAGAUAUAUGCACAUUUAAGACAAAUAUUUUAAUGAGUCCUGAUAUUAAUUUUCAAUAGCAGAAUUUUCAACGUUUUCAAACGUGAAAAGUGUAUUAUUUAUUUAUUUAUAUUUUUUGGAGGGGGGGGGGGAAUGUGAAGGUGAAACUACUAAUAAAUUCCAAUACACUCAUUUGUAUCCCCCCUCCCCAUCAACAUGCGAUACCUCUUCUGUAUUUAACAUGUAAAACAUUUUAAGCUUAAAAAACAGCAUAUUUUUAUUAGUGCUACAUUAUUUAUUGCUAAAAGAAGAAUAUACAUUCCAUAAUUAUGAAGAUUGCCAACAAAUGAUAAAAUUUAUUUCAAAAAAUUGGGGAAUCUUAAAUUUGUUUAGAGAUGUAUAAUAUUUCAUUAAGCAGCAACAUUUGUAGUUUAAAGUUAUUUUCAGCUUACCUUCCUUGAAGAAUUAAUGCUUAGUAGAUUGUGAUUUGAUUUCUAUUUUCUAUUAUCUUUCCAUACACUGUAAAAUGACAUUUUUUCAUUUUAACUAUAUUUCCAAAUUUACUG